AUGUUAAAUCUUAUACCCAAAAGAAUCGUUUCCAAAACUCUGCUUUUUGGAAAGAGGCCAAUCCAGAGAAUUCGCGUUGGAAAAGAUAAGAAUGUCCUGGAGUUAAGCCUAAGUGACGUGAACGCAAUUUACGACGAUGUCGAUGAAAACACAGACUUGCACAAUAAGGACUACAACCCACUGAAGUAUCACCGAUAUGUUAAGUACAAAAUAGCAGCCCUAAAUCUAAUUGAGGCACACAAGAAUGAAGAAAACAAAAAAACGGCAUUGACCAACAUUACAUGGUACGCCAAAAUUAGGGAUUAUUUUUUUAUACACUUUUGCAAGAAUCAAAUGGAGUUAAAGGAGAAGGUGGUUCCGAAGUUUUUUUACCCAAUGGAGAAGUAG